AUGUCACCAUCACCUAGAAAAGGACCGUAUUUGUCUAAAUAUUCUAACACCACCGGGUAUGUAGUAUCCGAGAUCGAAGAGAAGCUUGGCAAGAUGGACAGCGAAUUUCAGCAAUUGAAAGAGUUCAUGAGUGCUACCGAGAAGAGCAGUUUUGGUGUCAAGGAAGAGCUCGAAAUCGCGAAGAAGAGAGUGGCAAAUUUAGAGGACCAACGAAACGAGUUGCAAAUAGAGAGGGCAAGGCUUAUGGACAAGCUAUCAGAUGCAGAGCGCCAAGUCCGCAACCUCAACAUUGAUAUCCAGGAUCAGCAGAGACGCCAUGACAAGUACUGCGAAGAAAUAAUCGCAGAUCAUGAAAGAAAGUUGAGGACCAAGGUUGACGACUAUGAGCGGGAAAUGGACAAGGUCGCUAAGCUUCAACAAGAAUUCGAAGAAAAAUGCGGCGUUGAGGCAGAAGCCAGAUUGGACAACCUAUCCCAUGAGAAUAAGGAGUUACGGAGUGUCCUCGAGAGACAGAAGCGGGAUCACGAACACGAAAUUCGCUUGCUCAACGUAGAUCUGGACAGGCAGUCUGUCCGGAUGCGAGAUUUCGAAGACACAUUGAGAAAAUCAGAAGAGGAGCAGCGAUUACUCCAGGCUCAUAUCGACGAAAACCUCAAGACGAUUGAUCGGCUCAGAAAAAGAGCCGAGGAUGCUGAGGAAAGUCUUUCCAAAGAUAAGGGCCAUCUAGGUGGACAGAUCAGUCUUCUAAGUCAGAAACUAGACAUCAGCUCGGAGCGUAUCCAGAGCCUAGAAGAACAGAACAAAGUCAUCCAGCUAGAAUGCGAACGAAGACUUCAAGAAAUCGAGCAAGCAGCACAAAAGAAGAUCGACGAGGAGACCAACGCAUUGCGAAAUAGGCUCAUCAAGGAAGAAGAAAGGCGGCACAAACUCUUCGAACAAGUACAAGAACUCAAGGGAAAUAUUCGUGUCAUGUGCCGAAUCAAGCCCCCAGCAGACAAAUCGAGCGAUACUCUCAUCAAAUUCAAUCCACGAAUGAGCGAACUCGACGAGGACAAGAUCGACGGUUUAACCAUACCGACGGAACGAGAAGACUUCAGAAUGCCAGGCAAGAUGAUUGCUGGUGAGCCAAAAGACUUCAACUUCGAACGAGUCUUCGACGACAACUGCACCAAUAAAGACGUGUUUGACGAGAUUAGUCAACUCGUUCAAUCCGUCAUGGAUGGCAAGAAGGUCUGCAUCUUCUGUUACGGCCAAACUGGGUCAGGCAAGACGUACACGAUGAGUCGAAAGGAGGACGGUAUCAUCCCCAGAACACAAGAUAUGAUCUUCAGCGAGGUCGAUAGACUGAAGGUACUAGGCUGGGAAUACACGGUCGAGGGCAGCUAUUUGGAGGUCUAUCAAGACAAGUUGUAUGACCUGCUCGCGUCUCGCAGCGCGAAGCCCGAGCCACUCACAGUAGAUCCAAUCAGUGAAGAGUUAAAUAUCAAGGGCCACUCGUUCACGCUCCUGAAGGAAGAAAGGGACCUUGAUGAAAUGAUUAGGACGGCAGACAACAACCGCCAUACUGCCGCAACCGCGAUGAAUGAUCGGUCGUCGCGUUCGCAUUCCAUCCUAGUCUUGAAGAUCCGUGGGGUCAAGAAGAACGAAGAUGGCGAAAUCAUCAGGACUCGAAAGGGUACCCUAAACCUCAUCGACUUGGCGGGCUCCGAGUCCCCUGACAAGGCGCGUGGUGAACAGAUCUACCGGGAAGGUGUCGAGAUCAACUCCUCGCUAAGCUACCUACGAACAGUACUAUCACGCCUAGGUCAGGGCAAGACGGAAGGUGUAGACUUCCGGUCUUACACUCUAACCCAACUACUACGGCCGUCGCUAGGAAAGGGUUGCCGGACACUGAUGUUCGUCAUGGUGAGCCCGCUUAAGGAGAAUGAGAAUGAGACUAUAAGGAGUCUAGAGUUUGCCAAAGACGCUCAAAAAGUCAAGAUGGGUGGCAACGGAGGAGCCGCUAAGAGCAAGAAAUAG